AGCCAACUAAACAACGUUUUAGGAGACAGCAUUAGAUAUACACCAAUGCUGUUCGUAUGCUUUACAAACACUAACUAAAUGCGCUGCAGAGACUGAUCCCCUGUAGUUAAAUGAGUGGGAGUCCUUGGGUGUCAGACUGUGGACAGGCGUGGCAGUGGGCUGGUCCAGGCGCACCGAGCGAUGAAAAACAUCGGGGUCCAUUGACUUGGUGUCAGCUGAGGCCCUGAAAUAGUCUGACAAAGGAACCCUGCUGUCGCGAACCAAUAGAGACACAUUUGUGGUGAUUAAUCACAUCUGCUUCCUCUGAGGACGGCUCCGGGCUGUGGGUGUGCCGCACCCGCACAGAAGACGCGGUCCUGAGGAUGCACUGAGGUAUCUCCACCCACCCAGUUUGUAACACACUAACUGCAAACCAAUAGAAGAUGAGCAAGUCCCCCACCCCCAAAGGCACCCCGGUGCAGCGCAGCCCCAGUGAUGGGGUCCCUGAGGGCCUCCUGUCUCCUCAGCAUUCCACACCCAGCUCGGGACCCCAGCAUAAGAAACGGAUCUCCAGUCUCCUUCAGAGUCCGUCAUUCAGGGAGGAGUUGGAUGUACUGAUCCAGGAACAGAUGAAGAAGGGUGGCAGCUCAUCCAACCUAUGGGCACUGAGACAGCUGGCUGAUUUCAUGGCCUCACACGGCUCCCCGGCCGCCCUGCCUGUCUCCCCUUCAAACAUGAUGAUGGUGACACCCAUCAAUGACCUGCAGGGCUGGGAGCCUGGCAGCAUGGUGAAGGGGGAGAGGUUGAUGCGCUGCAAGCUGGCUAGUGUCCAUCGCCUGUUUGACCUGUACGGAUGGGCCCAGAUUAGCCGCACCUGUCUCACUCUGCGUGUCAGUAAAGAACAGGAACACUUCUUGGUGCUUCCAGACGGCCUGGCCUACAGUGAAGUGACUGGAUCCAGUCUGGUAAAGGUGAAUAUCCUGGGUGAGAUGGUGGAGAAGGGCAGCACCAACCUGGGCGUAGACACAGACAGGUUCAGCUUGCACUCGGCGAUCUACUCCGCUCGGCCAGAUGUCCGCUGUUUGCUUCACCUCCAAACACCUGCCUCAGCUGCGGUUUCAGCUAUGAAGUGCGGCCUCCUGCCUCUGUCCCAUGAGGCUCUGCUGGUGGGUGAUGUGGCUUAUUACGACUACAAUGGAGUCAUGGAGGAGGAGGAGGACAGAGUGGAGCUGCAGAAGAGCCUCGGUCCAACCUGUAAGGUUCUGGUGCUGAGAAAUCACGGCAUCGUGGCUCUGGGGGAGUCUGUGGAGGAGGCCUUCUACACCAUCUAUCACAUCCAGGCUGCCUGCCAGAUCCAGGUGUCAGCUUUGUGCAGUGCUGGUGGUGAACAGAACCUGAUUCUGCUGGACCGGGCCAUCCAUAAACCUAACAUAGCCGGCACUGUGGGCUGGGCUGGCUCCACCUUUGGACCCCUGCACAAGAGUCGCAUCGGGGAGCAUGAGUUCGAAGCCCUCAUGAGAACCCUGGAUAACUUGGGCUACCGUACAGGCUACGCCUACCGUUUCCCUGUGCUGCUGGAGCGAUCGCGGACGCGGAGGGAGGUGGAGGUGCCCGCGACUGCCACGGCUUUCCACCAGUUUGAUGACGACGGAGUCCACCCCGCUUUGAGGCAGCACCCUUUUGCUCAGCGCCAGCAGCAAGAGAGGACUCGAUGGCUCAACACCCCAAACACCUACCAAAAAGUCAGCCAGGAGCAAGCCAGCCCAGGACACCAGCGCACCACUUGGUUGAAGACAGAAGAGUUGACACAAGCUGGCAGCACAGCCAUCAAGAUAGAGAACCCAAACCAGUUUGUGCCUCUUUUCACCAACCCUCAAGAGGUGAUUGAGACACGAAACAAGAUCCGACAGCAGAAUCGUCAGGACAUGAAGACAGCGGGACCACAGUCUCAAGUCCUCGCCAGUGUCAUAACAGUUGACAGUCCUCCGUCUCCAGUCAGCCCACCUAAAGUCCCAGCAGAGCCAGAACCUCCCAACCCCUUCAACCAGCUGACAGAUCAGGAGCUGGAGGAGUACCGCAAGGAGGUGCAGAGGAAACAGGAUGGAGGGACCAAUGGGGAGGAGGUGGCAAAUGACAAGGAGUCUUCUCCCGCUACCUCUCCCACAAAGGGCCCUCCACCUAGCCACCCUCCUCUCUCAGAGGAGGCAAAGACCGACUCUCCAGCCAUACAGAACGGAGGUGAGGAGGAGAAGCAGACGACGGAGGAACUGGAGAAAGGGAUGAAGGCGCUCUCAACCAACGACACCUCCUCCACACCUGCUGCUCCGCCACCCAAACCCCAAGGCGGCACCCCAGAGGGCUCACCCUCCAAGUCUCCAUCCAAGAAGAAAAAGAAGUUCAAGCCACCGUCGUUCCUGAAAAAGAGCAAGAAGCAGAAGGAGAAAGCGGAGACCUGAAGCGUUCAGACAUGCCAGACCUCGGUGAAAUACUACUGUGAAACAUUUCUUAGUGUACAACGGAGUAGCCGAUGAGUUAACCACAUCCGAUCUGUUCAAACACAGUCUGUUAAGAUGUCGUCCACAGACACAGUGUGAUAAAUUGACGUACAAAUACUUUACUGUAACACUGGUACUCACUGAUUUGACCCAAGUGGUGAUUCAUCUUCAGCAGGUUAAAAAACACUGAUAAUAACUUUCACAUACUAUUUGACCCAGGUCGGAUACAACCCAACAUUUUGACGCUUCUUGUAACACAUACACACACACACACACACACACACACAGUCCCUGUAUUACUCACGUCUUAUUUUCACCUGCUGUGCUAUCAAACCAUUAACUUAACUUCACUGUAUAGACAUUCAUACACGUUCCUUUCAAAACUGGGGUUACUCGUGUGAUCUUGUGCACUUGCCGCUCAGAAUUUGUUUCAUACCUUUUUCUUUUUUAUCCACAACUUUGCAAGACACGGUGGAAAUUGAAGUCUUCUUGAAUUAUGCACCCCUUCUCCAUGUAUAGGCACUUGUCAUAUGUAUAUUGACAUUCUAGUACGUUACAUUUGUUCAUUAUCAUAGGCAUCUUCUAGUCAUGAUUUGGUUUUAAUUAUCAGAUAGAUGUUGCAGGUAUACCGCGUGAGCACAGGUAUAGUACAUGUAGAAAUAUACUGAUAGCUACUGAUUGUGCUCCUCUGAAUGCAGGUUUAAUGUAAAACUAUCAGCCUAUUGACAUUGUUACAGCAGGGAAGAACAAGGAAAAAAGAAAGCAGGGGGGAGAAUAUGCUGGCUCGCAGUGAAACACGAGCUGCUAUAAAUGCCUCUAUAACCCAAAACAGGAUAAAGCAUAAAGAAUUUGUUGCUUGCCAAUGCAGUUUGAAACCCAGUAAUAGAAGAUAAUGAAGGUACUAAACAUUCCACUUUUCUCAUUUUCUUUUCAAUGUAUGUGUGCAAAAUACCUCCUACCAGUUGUAAUUAUUUUCUGUUUUAACCAGUAGCUGUUAUCAAAACGCUGAUGUGUGAUGUUUGCUCAUGGUUUUAAUUUAUUUUAUAUUAGAAUGUAUAAGUGAGUGUUGCAAGGUUACCAUGUAUCAGUCAUUAAAGAUGAAGUUUGAUUUAAAA